AUGAGGGCCUCCGUCUGUGGCCUGGAUAUUUGUCCACGGCCUGUGCUCAUUGGGAACAUGUUCUUUGUGUUCUAUGAAGGACGGAUAAAAGUGAUUCAGCCUGUGGCUGCGAGAUACCCAGAGGGCACAUCAAGCCGAGCGAGAAGACUUCUGGCUCUGGAGUGCAGCGGAGCCGUCCAAUCUGCAGCUGUGAGUGAGCUUUCCCACUCUCCACGCCGCACAGUGGGCCGACACAAAGCUGGUUUUGUGGGGCGACACAAUGGGCCUCCUCCCCGGCCCCUUCAGAUCCAUCAGCGCAGAGUUCAGUGGUUCCCAGGCACAAGUGACAGCCUGAUUAAGAGCGCACUCCACUGCCUCUCCUGUCGCUUCGAGGGUGCCGCUGCCCCCGGAGCUCUCCCAGGUUGGAAAAAGGUUGACUUGGGAAAAAACAUGCGGUGGCACAAUGUUGAGGAAUAA